AUGGGAGGCAUGGGAUUCUGUGAUCUUAAGGUCUUCAAUCAAGCUUUACUUGCAAAACAUAUAUGGAGAUUACAUUCAAUGCCUAACUCUUUGGUGCACUCCUUGUUGAAAGCCCGGUAUUUCAAGAAUGAUCAAGUCCUUGAGGCUUACAGAGGACAUGGCCCAAGCUAUUCUUGGUGUAGUCUUUGGGGUUCAAAAUCAGUUCUCCUUGAUGGUUUGAAAUGGAGAGUUAGCUGUGGAGAAAAGGUGAGGGUAUGGAUGGACUCAUGGCUUCCUGGGAAACCAAAUACAAUAGCCCCAAACCAUGGAACUAACUUUGAUCCAGACCUGAAGAUGGCUGACUUGAUGUUCCAUAAAAGUGUAGAAUGGAAUAUGAAUGUGCUAAAUGCUUUAUUCUCAAGCGAAGACCAUGAUAAAAACUAG